GAGCCACCGUUUGAAUACUGAAGUCAUUAUUGCUUGGAGUCUAUAAAAAGGCAGUUGCACAGUAAUUUAUACGUGGCCACCCUUGACUCUAUGGAUUUACUCAUUGCUUUUCCUCUUUUUUCUGUCAUCCAUUCCCACCAAGGAGUCCCCUGUCCCAGAUGUUGGGUGAGAAGGGGAGCUGAAACUUCUGCUCCUUGGAGGAAAGGUUGCGGGCAAUGAAGAGGAAGAGCAACUGAAGGAGCAGCUGUGGUAAACAGGGUCUUUUGCCUUUUGGAAAAUGCAUUUACUGCACUCCUUGGCAAGUCCCUCAGGAAGAACAGAACGUGUUUACUUCCAGAGAUGAACACAUCCUCUCAACUGUAUGUUUCUGAACUAAACCUGAGUGCCUUUGGCAGCAACUUUACCGUGCCUACUGUCAACAGCAAGUCAUCACCAUGUGAGCAAGUGAUCAUUGCUGCUGAGGUGUUCCUAACUCUAGGCAUUGUAAGCCUCCUUGAAAACAUCCUAGUUAUAAGUGCAAUAAUUAAGAACAAGAACUUACAUUCACCUAUGUAUUUUUUUGUUUGCAGUUUAGCAGUGGCUGACAUGCUGGUUAGUGUCUCUAAUGCUUGGGAGACCAUAACAAUAUACUUAAUAAACAAUAGACAUAUAAUUAUGGAAGAUGCCUUUGUCCGUCAUAUAGAUAAUGUCUUUGACUCAAUGAUCUGCAUAUCUGUGGUGGCUUCCAUGUGCAGUUUGCUGGCUAUAGCAGUAGACAGGUAUAUCACCAUCUUCUAUGCCCUGCGUUAUCACAACAUCAUGACAGUGAAAAGAUCAGGGCUUAUUAUUGCAUGCAUCUGGACAUUUUGCACAGGCUGCGGCAUUAUCUUCAUUCUUUAUUAUGAAUCAACUUAUGUGAUCGUUUGUCUCAUCACUAUGUUUUUUACCAUGUUGUUCCUCAUGGUCUCGCUGUACAUCCAUAUGUUCCUCCUGGCUCGUACUCAUGUGAAGAAAAUAGCUGCUUUGCCUGGGUACAACUCUGUCCGUCAAAGAACCAGCAUGAAAGGAGCCAUCACUUUGACUAUGCUUCUUGGCAUCUUCAUUGUUUGCUGGGCUCCAUUCUUCCUCCAUCUCAUCCUGAUGAUCUCCUGCCCUCAAAACCUCUACUGUGUCUGCUUCAUGUCUCACUUCAACAUGUACCUCAUUCUUAUUAUGUGCAACUCAGUGAUUGAUCCCUUGAUCUAUGCCUUUCGUAGCCAGGAAAUGAGGAAAACCUUCAAAGAGAUAAUUUGCUGCUAUAGCCUGAGAAUGGUUUGUGGCUUAUCAGACAAGUAUUAAGAAAACAAAACCAAACCAGGGAAGAGAACUGAAAUGCAACAUCUUGCUGCAAUUUGUAAUUUUGCUGAAAUACCCAUGGAACAGCUUUCUCCAUUCAGCUGUCAUGAUUUCUGCAGCCAUCAGAAACCAGUUUUUAAUGCAAUUUACCUUUCUUUCUCUCCACACACCUCUCUCACACCGGUGGCAGGAGCUACUAAGUGCAUCUCUGUUACGGGCAGAAAGAAAAUUCUGAAUUUCAUUUACCCUACUGAAGAGUGGAUCUUAUAAGAGGAUUAUACAGGAAAAGCCUUAUUCUUUCUGCUAACUGAAACAAGUGUGACCAGUCAUACAAAUGAGCCUAUCGGCCUCUCAGUGUGUAUUUAUCUUGAUAUUUAUUGUCUCUCUAGAUACAGUAUGGCUUCUUUCGAUACCCAGAAUUAACACGCUUUUUGUCAUUUCCUUUCAAAGACAUAAAAUCAGAGAAUUGUCAGGGUUCAAUUACCUUGCUCAACAUACCAGCAGUCUUGUAUUCCAGUCAUGACUGUUACUGUCGUAAAAUAUGUAUUAUGUAAGAGGACAGUGUUACUGCAAGAUUUUCCAGGUUGGAUGCAGUACUUUGUUGUAUCUGACUAUAUGUGGUUUUCUCACUGUGCAUGAAGAUUGAGCUGUUUCUAAUUUGUCUGUUUUCUUUGUUCACUGGGGCCAGGGAAUUAAAGAGUACAUGGCCUCUAGAUAGUCACAUAAUGUUUUGUGGAGAAGGAAAGACUGGCUGCCUUUAUAGGUAUUAGAAAAUCAUUUCAGGAGUAGCUUUUGUUACUGGAGGAAGCUCUACUGUAGAUUGAAUCUUUAAAGCUGGGAGAGACAAAACAAGUUUGAUCAUCAGAAGCAUAGGAGGCAACUGCAAAACAGGAGUUUAAAAACUCAAGCACAUGUAGUCAUAAUAGAGAGUCCUGACUUUUGAUCCCCAAACAAACAGUUUUUGUCUUUAUUGAGUGAAUUCUAAGGUGUAAUCAUCAUGCAUUUUGUGUGAGUAAUUUGCAUCUAGUCAAGCUAGAUAGGUUCUUCAACAGCAAAAUAUUGGAUUUCUCACAGAUGCAGGAAGGGCAACUGUAGCUUUGAUGUCUUGAUGCCAGUGGAUGGUAUAUAUCGUGCACUGAGAUACAAGCUAUGAAAAUAUUUCAAGCAGUGGUACCCUACUGACCAGCUAUCAGAAAAAAGGUUGGAAAAAUGAAUUGUUACUUCCAAGGAGCUGAAAGGAUAACCCUUGUUAUAUUUGGUUUAGGUAUGCUCUAAAACUGUUGUCAAUAGAAGGACUAUGAUUGACUCAGUGGGUCUUAGAUUAUGCAUUCAAGGUAUGAGUCCUGAUUAGGAGAAAUUUUUUUACCACAGUGGUGGUCAAACAUGGGAACAGGUGCCCAGUGGUUGUACAAUCUCCACUUUUGGAGAUAUUAAAAACUUGACUGGAGACAGCCCUGAACAAUCUGCUGUAUGUUGAAAGCUGUCUCCAACUUUGAAGUUUGGUCCUGCUUUGAAUGAUUUGGAAUAGAUGACGUCCACAGAUCUCUUCCAACCCAAGUUAUUCUGUGGUUUUAUGAAACAGGUUGUGUAUUAUGAUGGAAUUAUAAUUUUUCCCCUCUUAAUUUAAUCUCUUGUGUAAGAAGAACUGUAAAAUAGAUUCUCCUCCACACAUCUAGAAAGGUAGCAUACUUUGUGUCUUCAUGUGUUUUGGAGAUCUCUUGCAGGGUGAGUAAGGUGCAUCUUUAGCACCAGAGUUAUACAUUAAUUUGCUGCAUCUUAAAAUGUAUACUGCCUCCAGCUCACACGUAUCUCCCUCUGAUAUAGGUGAGAAUGUUAUUCUCGGUGGAGACACCUUAUUAUGUAAACCCAAUGUUUAUAUGAGACAUUAGGUGCUGGAAUCUUCCUUUAGUUAUGCCUGAAAAUGGGACUUCAGAGGUAUGUUUGUGGUUGGUAGUGAGGAUCUAGCCUUGUUUCAGUCCACUUCUCGACCCUAUCCAUAAAUGGCACUUAAGAAUGUGCUCCUGCUGCUAUGAAUGUAAAUAGCAAAAAAGAAACAGUUCAAUUGCAUAGUGAAAGGGACUAGCUGAUGUUGUAAAUAAGUCAUUAAGUCUUCACUGGGUAUUGCAAAUAAGACAGUUUUGUACAUAAUUGUAAAUCAACAAAGAGGAGGACAAAAUUGUAAUAGCUUUGGGCAUUUUCUUGAGUUGUACAUUAUUUCUUUUCUUGGAAAUUUAUUUGAUGUAUAUACAGACAUAUGAAGAAACUAUUAAACUGGAUUGCUGGAAAACAUACUAUUAUUGGUUAUUCAUUGUAAUGUGUCCACUGACCUUCUAGAGAGUUCACAGAGGAAAUACUGCAUGAUGGGCUUUCUUUUCUCAAUUUAAACAGAUGCAUUAUUAAAAAAAAUCACAUUGUGAGAAUUACAGACUGAUACAAUGUAUUUACAUUCAUACCUGUGUUCCUCUGGGUGUCAGCAUCACAUCCUCAUUAUAAACUUCACAGGUGGAGAGCUAAAACAGCUAAAGGGGGAAAUGGAAGUAUUUUCGAGAAUAGGCUAGAACAGUUCCUGCAAAAAACUGUCUACACUACAGGAAUGCAUAUAAAAUACAUGUUUUAAGGCCAAGACGUGUUUUAAUCUGUUUCAUUCUACUGCUUAGCUGCAGAAUAAAAGCAUGCUUUCACUUUUACCAGGGCCUGGAAAAGUAUUCUGAUAAACUGGGAAAAGCAAGCAUUGUGUAAGGAUGAUAUUUGCUGUCAAAGGACAGCCAUACAAAAAAUAGCUGCUAGGCUGUCAUUGGACUGUGUGCCCACACCUAAUGGUACUACUCUUGUUUACACUGCCAUUCAUUUACAGUUUGGUAUCAGUUAUUGGAAAGAAUCUGAAGUCACACUAUUUCUGUCCCAGAGCACCACAAACAACUUCUAUUGCCCACUGCUGCUUUAAUGACCGAACACUUCACUGCCUGUAACUUGUGUGUUGCUACUU